ACCAUAACUGUUAUAAUAUCAUAUAAGGAACUACAUAGUUCUAGAGAGCACUCAUACGUCAAUAAUUCUCAUUUCAAAUACAGGAAGAAACAAAAUAACACAUUAUUGAAAUUUUUCAAGUUUCUAAAGACAAUUAUUAAUUCGGAAAGAAUCGAGCCUGGAACUCAAACUUAAAUCAUGUCUACAGAUGAGUUAAAUUAUGUUUGCGAAAAGUUGGGUAGCUUUCAGUGCAUGGACAAUCAGCUGGAAUCGGCCAGAGAAUACGCUCACUGGCUGCUCUCCAACAUGGAGCUGAGCUGGCGGGGCCGCCUGAUACCCGGAUUGCUGGGAUAUUUGCGUGAGCCGGGACCGCACCGUUCGCCGCGCCAAUGCGUGAAGGCGCUGCGAGUGCUGCACGAGUUGACGACGCACUGCACCAAGGUCGAUCUGAAGCGUCUGGUUCUGACUACCGAUUUGCUCCCGCUAAUGCGCGAAAUGUUGCAGAUGCACAGAUUGCGUGGCACCAUCAAAAGCUGCUGCCUGGCGCUGUUGAGCAACAUCCUCGUCUCCGGCUGGCGCAUGCGGGACGCUGUCGUGGAGUCGGGUCUGCUCGCCGAGCUGCUGCAGAUACUGACGCAUCGACGGCGGGGCCAGCAGCCGGUGCAGCAAUGCUACAAGGGUCAGGUGCUCUGGCUGCUCUAUCAGGUGUUGCGCUACAAGGUGCCGGGACCCGCACUGACGGCCAUACAGAAGAUUGCCGUGGCGCUGCCCGCACUGCUGCAUCACUCACAGGACGUGGAGCUGCUGGUGCCGGCGCUGCAGAUGGCCCGCCUCAUCUCCGAGUACCACUCGACCAUGCUGCCAGCCAUGGUCGAAACGAAGCUGUUGAGUCGCGUCGUCCGAUUUGUGCUCAGUCCUUUGCCAGAGAUUCAGCGUGAGGCGCUCUUUGUGGUGGCCAAUGUGUGCCUGGAGUACCGGCGACGCCAGUCACUGUUUCGUUUUCCCAAGAGCAUCCUGCUGCAUGUUCACGGCCUGGUGCUGGGUGGGAGGCCAGAGAUACGUGUGCUGGUGCUGCAGCUGAUGGGCGGCAUUAUCGACAACAGGUGCAUCAAGCUGGAGCAUUUCGUCGAGCUGGGCUUGCUCAAGAAGAUCGUUUACUGCGCCAGCAAGCAGGAAAAGGAUGCUGCAGUGCGUCUGGCCGCCGGCUGGACUCUGGUCAGUCUCGCUUUGCAUCUGUGCCGCUGCUACUUGGAUUAUUUUAUCGACUGCGGCGCGCUGCAUGCCAUCUGUGAGCUGCUGCACCUGGAGCUGCCUGUGCAGCUGCUGCGCAACAUACUCGUCGUGCUCUUUCUGCUGGGCGAGAAGCAUUGCUACAGCAAACAGUGUCUGCUGUACGUCAUGUGGCAGUGCAACAUUUGGCCACAGAUCCAAUCGCUGCAGGGCAGCAACAAUGCUGCCGUUAGAACGCUCUGCACGCUUCUCACCUCGCGUCAUGCCAUGGAGUUGAUUUGGCCCGAGGCGCGCAUCUAUAUGAGAAUGUAAUUUUAUGCAAAAUGUAAUGAACCUUUAUACUUGCGGCAUAUCAAUUUAGUUAAUUUGUAUCGCUCCUCCGUCACUCAAAAGCAAAACCGAUCAGCACAGCAAAACAGGAGCAGCAGUAACGAAAUUAAUUUGCUCUCUCACAGAGCUCUCAACUUACAUAGAAAGAAUGCUGAAGUAAAAUAACGGAAGACGAGUUACCCCUCCCGCUCACUAACACAGCACGCUCAUUUCUUAAGCCGAAUUGUACCUGCAGCCUGCCCACAAACAACAAAGCUCAGUCUGUAAUGUAGAAAGAAUGCGCAACGAAAGUAACGGCAUCACCAUUACCCCUACUGCUCACUUAAUCGUGCUGCUCGCUCACUGAAAGCUAAAUGCCUCAAUACUGCUCAAUUAUAGCUGCAGACUGUUCACAACUAAUAAAAUCUCCACGCUUCGAAAAGCUCUCUGCUAAGCUCUGCUUAAUGGAGCUUAUACACACAUACAGCCACAACUAUAUUCGUAUACAUAUGUGUGUACUAUUGCGCAGUUGUCUACUUUUAAUUUCAUUUUAAAUAUUAUAGCUCUGCUGUUCAGUUUGGCUUAUUUGGUAAAUAACUAUAAAAGAGCAGUUAUAUUCGUAUGGUGUCAAAAAUUAAAUUGAGCGCCACAAAAAGUA